UGAUAUCGGCAACCUGACGUAGUUUAUCGAUGAAUAUUUAUUCUUCAGGAUUUUAGGCCUGAUGGACAGCACAGGAAUGGUGAAUGCUCUUCACAAGAUGAAGGCGUGACAUCUUUGCGUGCAAAAAUCGCUGUGCUGGAGGAGGAAUUGUGUAAAUCUCGACAAGAUUCUUCUGAGUAUCAGCACCUUGUCCGGAAGCUCGAGAAUGAGGUAAAAGAUCUAAACGAUCAGGAACAACAAGGGAAACAAAAGACAACGAAAGUAAUCUCUGACCUUCUCAUAUCUGUUUCCAAAACUGAGCGACAAGAAGCAAGAUCGAAAGUCAGACAUGAUUCUUUGCGAUUGGGCAGUGUUGGUGUUCUCAGGACUGGAACGAUCAUAGCUGAGACAUGGGAGGACGGCCAAAUGUUGAAAGAUCUGAAUGCUCAACUUAAACAAUUGUUGGAAACCAAGGAGGCUAUUGAGAGACAAAGAAAGCUCCUUAAGAAACGACAAAAUGGUGAUAAGAGUGACGGAACUGACACAGAAUCAGGAGCCCAGGAGGAAGAUGUCAUCCCUGACGAGGUUUACAAGUCUCGUCUUGCUAGUAUUAAGCGGGAAGAGGAAGUUGUUUUGCGUGAGAGAGAAAGGUACACAUUGGAGAAGGGGCUGCUUAUGAGGGAGAUGAAGCGCAUACGAGAUGAAGAUAAUUCUCGUUUCAACAAUUUCCCAGUUUUGAAUAGCCGAUAUGCGCUUCUAAAUCUUCUUGGUAAAGGCGGAUUUAGUGAAGUCUACAAGGCAUAUGAUUUGGUGGAUCAUAGAUAUGUUGCAUGCAAGCUUCAUGGUUUAAACGCCCAGUGGAGUGAGGAAAAGAAGCAAAGUUAUAUCCGCCAUGCCAACAGGGAAUGUGAAAUCCAUAAAAGUCUUGUGCAUCACCACAUUGUUCGUCUGUGGGAUAAAUUUCAUAUUGACAUGCAUACAUUCUGCACCGUUCUGGAAUAUUGUAGUGGGAAAGACCUUGAUGCUGUUUUAAAGGCAACACCUAAUCUUCCUGAGAAAGAGGCGAGGAUUAUCAUUGUGCAAAUAGUUCAUGGCCUUGUAUAUCUGAAUAAAAAGUCACAGAAGAUAAUCCACUAUGAUCUGAAGCCCGGGAAUGUUCUGUUUGAUGAGUUUGGAGUAGCAAAAGUGACUGAUUUUGGUUUAAGCAAGAUAGUUGAGGACAAUGUUGGUUCUCAAGGUAUGGAGCUUACAUCACAGGGAGCUGGAACAUACUGGUACCUCCCCCCAGAAUGUUUUGAGCUUAGCCAAACUCCUAUGAUCUCAUCAAAGGUUGAUGUAUGGUCGGUUGGUGUUCUGUUUUACCAAAUGCUAUUUGGGAAGCGACCCUUUGGACAUGACCAAAGCCAAGAACGAAUAUUACGAGAAGACACAAUCAUUAAAGCCAAAAAGGUUGAGUUCCCAGUAACAAGACCUGCCAUAUCAAAUGAAGCAAAGGAUUUGAUCCGACGGUGUCUAACAUAUAACCAAGCAGAGAGGCCUGAUGUUCUAACAAUGGCACAGGAUCCAUAUCUCUCCUACUCUAAGAAAUGAGAGUGUGUAGCCUUCACAAACAAGCCAGAGAUACCAAAGGACCAGAUCGUAGAAAUAUUUUUUGGUAUAGAUUAUAAAGUUUUUUUUGUUUUGUUUGUCUAGAUAAUUAAUCUCCCGGCCCCUUGAACAAUAUUAAUUUCGGGUGAAUAUAAUUCGUCUGGCUUCCUUUUGUUAUGUAACAUAUUAUGUAUGUUCUUCAUGUUUUUGAAUAGAAGAACAUGAGCUGAAAAAGUUGGAAACAGGUUCUUGUUCAUUAUA